AUGACAACCAAGCAACCGCCGAUGUGCAACGAUAAUGGGAGCAUCGAUAUUGCUGCUCAAGAAUCCUUUCACAUUAAAGAUAAAUCUGAUUUAAUUGAAGCACAAAACGAGCAUGAUUCAUCGUCGAUUAAUGACGAGUUGAUAUAUGGAAAUAAUAAAACUAUUGAAGAAAAAUUCAAUGAAAUUCUUCUUCAAGUUUCGGAUGGACUACAAAAUGCAAAUGUAUUGUGGAAUUUAAAUGCAACUGUUCAUCCUCAUAUUGGCUGUUUACCUUUUCUUUUAAUACUCAACUCGAUGGAUAAAGUAAACAAAAGAUUGACUCUGAUUUAUAAUAUGUAUGCCGAUGCUGAUGAAUCAAAUGAUGAACUUUCUGAACAGGAUUCGAAAUCAGCAUCUUGCUAUGAAAUAUUUAGUAAUUUUAAUAUUGGUACUUUAAUGAAAUUGGAUGAUAUAUUUUAUACAAAAGAUUAUCAGAAAAGUUUGUUUCGUCUAUCGAAUUGCAUUAAAAUUAGUGAUGUUAUCGAAUGUAUAAAUAAGAAAAUGGAAAAAGCCAUCGAUAUUAAUAGGGCAUCUUCAUCGAAUUUUAUUUCCAUGGUUAUAAUAUUGAACAACAUUAUUUAUCUCGAUAUAUCCCAUGUACUUAUUAACGAGCAUGAAUUACCAUUAUACGAAUGUUUUAAAGCGUUAUUGUUCGAGCAUUGUGGAAGAACAUUGCAUAUUUUAGUGAUACCAACGUGCCCUAAUUUAUCGGAAAAUAAAAUCGAUCCCAUGAGUCAUAUUUCAUUAGAUUUAGCUCAAGCUGGCCAUAUUUUAUGUUUAGAACCUCGAUUAAAGGCUAUGAUGUGUAACUAUUUUAUUACUAUCAAUAGCGUCUUCUCACAUCAGCAAAAAUCAUUUGGUACUGAUGUGAAUUUUGUUGAUAUUAUCGAAAAUAUAAAGAAAAAAAUUUCAUUAAAAUCAAACUUACACAACAGCCGUUCAAUAUAUAUAGCUGUCAGUUUUCUUACUGAUCAAUUUCAUGUUUUAAAAAGCCAUUGGAAAAAGAAUACCAGCAAAAAAGACUCGCAUACUGGUACCGCAAAAAGUAUAGAUGGCAUCGAAGGAAAUCAAAAAGGAUAUGAACCUGAAUUAGGAGGAAAAUUUAUAAUUAUAAACUGGUCAAGCAAAGAAAUCAUUUAUACAUUAGAUUUGGAUGCACCGGCCGGAUUCUUUAUUGAUACUAAUCAUUUAUAUAUCGCAAAUAAUCGUUUAAACUAUAUCAGCGUUAUUGAUCUGAAUACACGUACGGAAUUUCGACGUAUUAAUAAUAGAGCUUUUAAUUGCUUACAUAGUAUUCAAUAUACGGAAAAUCGAACAAUACUAGUCACUAGUACAGGUAUCGAUGCUAUUCUUGAAAUAAACUUAGGAGGUGAAAUACUGAACGAUUGGUAUGCAACUGAACAUGGAUAUAUAACAACACCGAAAGGUAAACAACGACAUAUAUCACGAGACUUCGAUCAUCAUCAUUAUACAUAUCCGACACUUCAUCAGACAACUCAUGUUAAUUCAGCGAUGAUUUUGAAUGAUAAAUAUUUUUUAGCUACGCUGUUUCAUCAAGGCUCAUUGGUUAAAAUUGAUCGUCAUAGUGGAAGAUCAACCGUUUUACUUUCAGAACUUCAUUGUCCACACGGAAUUAAACGUUUAAAAUCCAUGAAGGAACACGACAUCGACUGGAUGUUAUGUAAUACAAAACGAAAUGAAAUUCUUUUUCUGAAUGAUUGUUUUACAGUAACUCGCAAAAUGUUUCUCGAAGAUGUUCAUUGGCUACAAGAUGCAUCACAAAUUCAAAACGGAAAUAUUAUUAUUGCUGAUGCAAACAAUUCAAGAAUUAUUGAAAUAGAUCCCAUUUUGAAUACUGUUACUAGUGAAUUUAAUUAUUCAACUGAUUGGCGUAUCUAUCAAAUUAGCGAUCUUAACGAUUUUCAGACCAGUUUUAUUCCUACUCUAUGUAAAUAA